UCAGCACAAUCCCAAGAAAACACAGCCACUAACAGUUCAUAACUCUGCAGUCUGUAAAAUAUGGCAAAUGGUGUACAUACAGAGGAAUUUGAACUCAAUAUGGAAGAUGAAAACCUCUGUGCUGGUUCAGCCAAGAGUGAUGCCUCUCUGAACCGCUCCUAUGAAGAGGACGAAGUGACUUCAGUAGUGUCUGGAAGAAAACUCUGCAGACUGGUUCUUGUGAGCCUUGCACUCCUGUGUAUCCUACAAGCUGUUCUCAGUAUUUCUCUGCGUAUUGCUUUCAGUAAUGAGGCUGGUUUUAAAAACCUGACCAAAGAGAGAGACGAGUUGAAGAGGACCAACUUUGAUAUUGAGGGCAGGUACAAGAACCUGACUGAAGAGAGAGAUGAACUGAAGAAGAUCAACUCUGCUAUUGAGGCCAAUUCUGAAAACUUGACUGAAGAGCGAGAUGCGUUGAAGAAGAUCAACUCUGAUAUUGAGGCCAGUUUUAAAAACCUGACUGAAGAGAGAGACGAGCUGAAGAGGAUCAACUUUGAUACUGAAGCCAGUCGUAAAAACCUGACUGAACAGAGAGAUGAACUGGAGAGGAAGCUGAAUAUAUUUGAGUCACAGUAUAAUUCCCUGACUGAAGAGAGUGACAAGUUGAAGAGGAGACUGAAAAAUGGAUGGCUGUAUUUCAGCGGUAGUCUCUAUUACAUUUCUUCUAACGAGAAAACCUGGCAAGAAAGUAGAAAAGACUGUCUUCAAAAAGAUGCAGACCUGAUUAUUAUAAACAACAAAGAAGAACAGAAUUUCAUGCGACAAUUCAAGAAGUACUUGUGGAUUGGACUCACUGACAUAGAGACGGAGGGGAAAUGGAAAUGGGUGGAUGGGACUCCACUGACAAGAAGCUUCUGGGGUUCUAAGGAGCCAAAUGGUAAAACACUUGAAAACUGUGGGCAAAUUAAACAUCCUGAUUCGGAAAACAACUGGAAUGAUGAAAGAUGCUCCAAUCCACACUACUGGAUCUGUGAAGAAAAAUUUUCUCUGUAAUUGCAUCCAAACCUGCCAGACAAUACAGAAAACAGGACAAAAAGGUGCAUUUCUCAAUUUCAGCUGAACAGAGGAAAAUAUUUAAUCACUUGGUUAUUUUUUCAGUUUGUUUGUGAACAUAAUUUUCAUCAUUUGUUGGCUUAGUAUCAGUGUAGUGUCAAAUGUUCUCUGCACUGUAGGGAAAGUGACCACUUAUGUAAAACCAAUAUACAACUAGGGUCACUGCUUUGCUGCAAAAAAGGGAAUACUGUAAUACAUAUGCUUUGAUUCCUCUUUAAAUAAAGGCCACAUGUAUAUUCA